AACAUUUCAGCACCAUCAGCACCUUUAAACACUUUUCCCAGAAGCACUUGUGCUUUGCAAACCCGCAAACUUUGGACCCGUAUUUGAGUGGAGUAGGGCUACAAACAAAGCCUGAGCCCCACAUCCCGCUCGCAAGCCCCACGUCGGUGAGAGGAGCUGGGGACGUCCACGCAGCAGGAUGGCUGAUUCAGACACCUACCUGCGGCAGCCCUGGCGCACUGUGCACGGCAUCCCCAUGGUCUGUGCCUUUGCCCACAACUGGGAACGGAUUGACACCUUCCAGAGCCGCCCUGAUGACAUCGUGGUGGUCACCUUCCCCAAAUCUGGCACCACCUGGGUCAGUGAGAUCGUGGACAUGGUCAUGAAAGGCGGUGACCUGGAAAAAUGCAAGCAGGAUGACAUUGUGAACCGGGUGCCCAUGAUGGAGUGUGCUGCCCCUGGGAAGCUCCCAGCAGGCGUAGAGCAGCUGGAGACCAUGCCAUCCCCUCGCAUCGUCAAGACCCACAUCCCAGCUCACAUCUUGCCCAAAUCCUUCUGGGAAAACCGCUGCAAGAUGAUCUAUGUGGGGCGCAACGCCAAGGACGUGGCUGUCUCCUACUACCACUUUGAUUUGAUGAACAAGUUCCACCCACAUCCCGGGACAUGGGCCCAGUACCUGGAGGAGUUCAUGGCUGGCAGAGUGGCAUACGGUUCCUGGUACGAUCACGUCAAGGGCUACUGGGAGCGCAGGAAGGAUCACCCCAUUCUCUAUCUCUUCUACGAGGACUUGAAGGAGGACCUCCGCCGGGAGAUUGCCAAGGUGGCCCAUUUCCUGGGGCAGAAGCUGUCAGAGGCGGCGCUGGACACCAUUACCCAACACACUUCCUUCGAGUCCAUGCGGGACAACCCUGCCACCAACUUCAGCAAGGUGCCCUCCGACCUCAUGGACCACAGCGUGUCCCCCUUCAUGCGCAAAGGCACCACGGGAGACUGGAAGAACCACUUCACCGUGGCCCAGAACGAGCGCUUUGACCAGGACUACGCGCAGAAGAUGUCAGGCACCGACCUGUGCUUCCGCACUGAGAUCUGAGGAGACACCGCCAGACCCCCUCCAAAUCUGCCCUGUGCUGUGAUGGCACUGCUGCCGUUCCUUCCUCUCCCCUGGCACUGCUGGAGAGAAAUAAAAUGUG